AGAAACUAGAAGCAACACCACAAGCGCACGCAGCUACGAAACGUUCCUCAAAAAAAAAAAAAAAAAAAAANAAAAAAAAAAAAGGUAUCGUCUUUGUAACUUUGAUCAAUCCAUACUAAGAGAGAAUGCCGAAGAACAAGGGAAAGGGAGGAAAGAACAGGAAGAGAGGAAAGAACGAAGCUGAUGACGAGAAGAGAGAGCUUAUCUUCAAGGAAGAUGGACAAGAGUACGCGCAAGUCCUACGUAUGCUUGGUAAUGGGAGAUGUGAAGCUAUGUGUAUCGAUGGUACCAAACGUCUUUGCCAUAUCCGUGGUAAGAUGCAUAAGAAGGUUUGGAUUGCUGCUGGUGACAUUGUACUUGUUGGUCUGAGGGAUUACCAAGAUGACAAAGCCGAUGUUAUCCUCAAGUACAUGUCUGAUGAGGCUAGGCUUCUCAAGGCUUAUGGUGAGCUUCCGGAUAAUACCCGCCUCAACGAAGGAAUUGUUGGUGAUCUUGAUGAUGAUGAUGAUAAUCUCGUCGAUGACUAUGUUGAGUUUGAGGACGAGGAUAUCGAUAGGAUCUAAGUUUCCUUUGGUUUCCGUAUGGUUCCAUCAUAUUUGAGACACACAAUCUUCUUUGAAAACUGAAGAUUUGGUGUUUACAUUACCUCUUUAAUUACUACCAUUGUUGUUAUGUAUUUCUGGGGUUUCCAGUUUCUUAUCCCUUACUACUACUGCCUUGGUUGAUUCCCCCAAAUAAUUUUCAGAAACUUAUUAUCAGAUUUUUCGAUUUAUUCUAAGGAAAGAACUAUUGUGAAA